UACAAUGGCAACAAUUGUGAAGCUUUUGGGUUCUGUGGGAAGUCCAUUUGUGAUAAGAGUUCAAAUUGCUCUGAAAUUGAAGGGUAUUGAAUACAAAUAUGUGGAAGAAAAAUUAGGCCAUUUGAGUGAAACACUUCUCAGAUACAACCCUAUUUACAAGAUGGUUCCUGUUCUUGUUCACAAUGAGAAGCCCGUUUCAGAGUCUCGUGUGAUUCUUGAGUAUAUUGAUGAGACUUGGAAACAAAACCCUAUCUUGCCUUCUGAUCCUUACAAAAGAGCCUUGGAUCGCUUUUGGGCCAAGUUCCUAGAUGAGAAGUGUAUGGCUGCUGCAGUGAAAUCUCUUUUUAUCACUGAUGAGAAAGAACGCGAGAAGAGUCGUAAAGAAUUAUUCGAGGCUCUGCAGUUUCUUGAGAAUAAGCUGAAUGACAAGUUCUUUGGAGGAGAAGAGAUUGGUUUUGUGGAUAUUGCUGCUCUCUUCAUCCCAUUAUUCCAACAAGUAGCAGAGUUGCAGUUGGUCCCUGGUGACAAAUUUCCGAAGCUACACAAAUGGAGUCAAGAGUUUUACAACCAUCCAGUCGUCAAGGAAAUUAUGCCGACAAAAGAACAACAAUUUGGCUAUUUCAAAGCUCGCGCUGCAAGCAUUGCUGCUGCAAACAAUGCUGCUGCAUCAAAGUAG